AUCAGAUAUAUUGAAUAUUUUCCCUGUUAUUCAAACAUUACGUUAUAGUUUUAGUAUAAUCCGAGUCCCUGAAACCUAAUUUGAAGGUUUUACGGAGAUUGAGUGCGUGUUUUUGUGAUAAAGUUUAGUUCGUUUUAAUUUUUUAUAGAUGUGUUGCUGUACUUUUAAGAAACGAAGACGUUCUGGAGAUUCGUACAGUUCUGUCGAAGGGGCUUGUAUGUGUAGAAUGUGGCCCUUGUGGAAGAUGAUUCUAGUAUGGGGUUUGGUAGCAGUGGCGGGUUUGAUUCUCUUGGCUUUCAUACUGGUCUUUAUAGGGUUUCCCAUAACGUUUUGGUUAAGCUAUCCGCUGCAAAGAUUUCUGACAUUCAUACCAAUAAAUUCACCAAAGAACCCAACGUUUGACGAUCCCCUCUCAUAUGGUAUCCAGGGCGCCUACAACUUCUACGUCACCGUUCAAGACUACUACGAUCCGGACACGUUGACCAAGAUAGGCGCUUGGUUGAUCUUACCCGAGAGUGACAUGACAAAUGUUAAUAGUGCUAAUAUUACCGAUAUUCUGAGUAAGACAGAUAAGGAUAUUCUGUUUUACUUCCACGGGGUACUGGCCAAUAGGGCGAAACCGAUAAACCAAUAUGGAGUGUUCAGGAAGAAAUUUAUGGUGAUUGCUGUGGAUCAUAGAGGUUAUGGAGAUUCGGGCACAGAUGUGGAAAUGUCCGAACCAGCGAUUGUCAGUGAUCACGUACAGCUCUACAAAUGGUUGAGGGGAAUCAAUCAAAAAUCGAACAUAUAUUACUGGGGACACUCUCUGGGAACCGGCAUUAGCUGCCACACGUUGAAAAAACUGAAAGCCGAGAGCAUUGUUCCUAGAGGACUGGUUCUGGAAGCUCCGUUUUCGACUAUGGCAGAAGAAAUCCAUUACGUUUUAGGAAAGUUUUUUGGUUGGCUGGCAUAUUUUAAUGCAACCAUGGUAAAGCCGGUUGGUGACAAUGGCAUUCUCUGGCAAUCUGUGAGCAAUAUCUUAGAUGUAGACUGUCCAAUUUUGAUUAUGAACGCAGAAGAUGAUGGUACUAUACCGUGGACUUUAGGCCAAAAGCUUUAUAAUGUAGCCAUAACUCAAAGAGAUAUAAGCAAACAAGGAAACGCAACUUUCGUACAUUUUCCAGCUGACAAGGGAUAUAACCAUAAUGAUGUCACUAAGGAUCCAUCUGUACCGCAACUAAUAGAGGAUUUCAUAACAACCUGCGAUAAUUUUUGGUCUAACAAAACAUAAAACUAACAAAAAAAUUAGAGCAAAAUGACUGACGAGUACCUUAACAAGAAGCCCAUAUAAAUCUGAAAUAAAUGUGUAAUUUAUGAUAUUCGGCAAUAGGAACUUAGUAAAUACAGUAUGAUCGAAAAAAACGGUGUCAAAGACGGCUGGGAAAUGACAAUAGAAUGGUAAUUUUGCAGAGGUCAAUCUCUAGACGUUGGACGUCAGUCUUUGACGCUGUUUUUAUUCGAUCGUAUGGUAUAAUCAAUCUUAAACACUGAACUGAAUCAAAAAUAUUAAUAAUAAAAAGAAAACGAACUCAUUUUUAGAAAUUUCACAGCUCUCUAGAACAUUAAGAAUGUCAAUUUUUCAUCUCUGCUCAUUAUUGAUGAGUGAGACUAGUCUUGGUACUAAUGGUACUAAUAGUUGGUACUAAUGGUACUAAUACUUGGUACUAAUACCAAGAUCGACAAGUGCAAAACAUCCGCAAGAUCAAGACCCAGCAUGCAGACUCUUGCGGUGUUGCAUUUUUUUAUGUUUAUGUGAUAUAAGAAAUAACUUAUUUGUUUAAAAUUAUUGUUUUAAUUUAUUACAACUAGUGUUUUCCCGACUACUGCAUAUAAUUUUAAAGAAAGAAAUGCUGAUUCGAUAUAAUACAGGGUGGUCCGAACUGAAUUCCGGAAACUUCAUCAGCAUGUUCUGCGG